AUGAAAUUUCCCUAUUACAAGCUCUGCGUAUUGCUUCUAUGUCCUGCAACACUUGUUUUUGGUAAUCUUUUGUCCUUCUUUUUUCCCAAUCAUUUGCAAUCGCUACAGAUCAAUAAAGAUGGUUGGCUGAAUUCCAUCUUUGUCAAAAAUGGCUGGUUUUGGAAUUCGAUCGUUGGCUGGUGGUGUAUCCUUCGAUAUGGGGACUUCCAGAUAAAUCGCCAAUCGCUUAUACGAUAUUCGAUUCUAACAAUUUGGUGGUAUAUUUUCACACAAGCACUCUGGUUCGGCAUUGCUCCAAUAAUGGAUUUGGUUUUCACCUACACAGGUGGCCAUUGCGAUUUUACCGUCUUUGAUUCCAAUGGUAAUUUGGCCGAUGACUUUCAUGAUUCUAUUGCUAGGAGAUUGAAAUCCUUAAAACGUAUUCUUUUUACCUUAAAAAAUAUAACUAUGGAGAAUGAUGAGGACCUACUGAAAAAAUCAAUGAGCGAUAUAUCCUGCGCGUUAAAUGAAAAGUGUUUCAAUAGAACAUCUUCUCCGCAGGAUAUCAACAAUUUCAUUAGAAAAACCUUUGCACAGGAUGCUCCACUAUUGGGAUCUGCCCAAUGCAGAUCCCUCGGCGGUUACUGGAUUGGUGGACAUGAUCCUUCGGGCCAUGUUUUUCUGAUUACACUGAUGAUUAUGUAUUCGUUUGGUGAACUUCGACUCUUUGGUGGAAAAGCGUUACAAAGAUUGAAAAAGAAAAAGUAUACAGGACUUCUUAUAACUAGUUUAAAACUAUUUGAUAAUGGGCCCAUUUGGAAUCUAAUCAAUAAUAAACCAAAAAAUAUCAAAAGCUUUUUGAUGAGUGCGUUUAUCUUACCACCAUUCACUGUGGUAAAAGAUAUAGUGAAGUUCCUUGGUCAGAUUCUAAAAAUUGUUGUAUGGCAAAAUCCGAUUAUAUUACUCAUAUCUCUACUAGGCAUGUGGUGGUGGAGCUUCCUAAUAACAUCAAUUGUUUUCCAUACUUUCACUGAACAACUUUCCGGUUUAUUAUUUGCAUAUAUCGUCGCUGGAAUCAUCUAUUGGAACGAUCAUUGGUUUAUUCACAACGCCAUGAACCAAUAG